UGUUUGGGGUUUUAGGCUGGGUUUCUGUACAGCACUUUGAGAUAUCAGCUGAUGUACGAAGGGCUAUAUAAAUACAUUUGAUUUGAUUUGACUUAACCCUAACCAUAAAAAUCCAGUUAAUAUCUAAACUUAACCCUAACCAUAUAAAUCCAGUUAAUAUCUAAACUUAACCCUAACCGUAAAAAUCCAGUUAAUGCCUAAACUUAUAACCCUAACCGUAAAAUUCCAGUUAAUAUCUAAACUUAACCCUAAGUGUAAAAAUCCAGUUAAUAUCUAAACUUAACCCUAACCGUAAAAAUCCAGUUAAUAACUAAACUUAACCCUAAGUGUAAAAAUCCAGUUAAUAUCUAAACUUAACCCUAACUGUAAAAAAUCCAGUUAAUAACUAAACUUAACCCUAAGUGUAAAAAUCCAGUUAAUAUCUAAACUUAACCCUAACUGUAAAAAUCCAGUUAAUAACUAAACUUAACCCUAAGUGUAAAAAUCCAGUUAAUAUCUAAACUUAACCCUAACUGUAAAAAUCCAGUUAAUGCCUAAACUUAACCCUAACUGUAAAAAUCCAGUUAAUAACUAAACUUAACCCUAAGUGUAAAAAUCCAGUUAAUAUCUAAACUUAACCCUAACUGUAAAAAUCCAGUUAAUAACUAAACUUAACCCUAAGUGUAAAAAUCCAGUUAAUAUCUAAACUUAACCCUAACUGUAAAAAUCCAGUUAAUGCCUAAACUUAACCCUAACUGUAAAAAUCCAGAGUUAAUGCCUAAACUUAACCCUAACCGUAAAAAUCCAGAGUUAAUGCCUAAACUUAACCCUAACUGUAAAAAUCCAGUUAAUGCCUAAACUUAACCCUAAGUGUAAAAAUCCAGUUAAUAUCUAAACUUACCCUUGAAAUUUCACUUUUGGAAGAACUUCGAAAUUUCUCGUUUGACAAACAUGGUUGAACGUGUAGCCUAAUUCUGACCUGAGACUGUGAGAGCUGGUAGCUUGUGAAAGAAUGUGUGGGACCCCCACCGUCAGUACUCUGGGCCUUCAUGCAUUCAUCACUGCAUCCCAAAGUCUCUCACACCCCGCCCCCUCUCUGCUGUUUGUUUCUUUAUCUGAACAAACAAUUAACCAAAAACAUGUUGUUUCUAAAGCAUUAAAACACUACUUUACUUUAAAUCUCCCUCUCAUCCAACUGUUAUGUGGCAUGUGGCCCAUGGACCGAAUCGGAGUUUGAGCACAGUGCUUAAAACCCAUGAUUUAUAUUUCACUUGAUUUAUUCAAACAUUUGGCCAAAGCAUCAAUCUCUUCAGGGAAAUGCUUGAAACAUUUGACAGUGGAAAAUAAGCAUACGCCUGCGCACUCACGCCAAUUAUUAUAUAUAUUUUUUAUUUUAAGUCUCCGUUGAUAAAUUGUGUUUAAAAGGCUGCUGAAAUGCCGAGCUGAGUGUGUGCACUGGCAAAAUCCGAUAGUCUCAGUUGAAUAGCAAAUUGGUCCAAAUUAUUGAAAGGAAAAAAGCCUUGGGAAGAGGAGGGGUAGGAGUAGGAGACGGGAGGAGGGGGGCAGCAACAAUUAUUUCCCCUUCCCAUAUGGUGAGAGCAGUGCGGAUAGCAUCACAUUCCGCGGAGCGUUGCCUGUCGUCCUAUGGUGAAGUGCCAUCGCUCUAAUCAAAAACAAACAGAGCCGCAGCUUUCGCUUGCGCUCAACUCAGCUCCAGUACGGAACGUCCAUCCUUGGCUGUGCGAGGUCUCCGUCUGGCCGAUAUUCGGUGGCGACGGGGCCUUGAACGAUUGAACUGUGGCUAAUUGAAGAAGCGGGAGAAGUAAAUACGAGCACACCACUCAAGACGAAGUUACUAUGGGGAAGUGCAGGGAGGCGGGAGUCUAACGUGGAUAGGGGGCACAAAUCAAAUCAAAAGAUUUACAAUUCGGAUUAUUUCUAUUUUGAACACUUCAUUUUCAGAGGGAUUUUCAGAGGGAUUUUCUGGCCAUUAUCACACGCAGGAAUGAACGGAAAGGAAGCGAGGUUUUGCACGGGAUGCUGGAGGCAAAUGAUGCUGUCAAUCAUUCUGGUUCUACACUUGAUUCCCCUCUUUGUACAUGGGAACACUCUGAGGGCCAAUGUCCCUGAGUUGGACACCACAGCCAAUGUGACAUCCCUGCCCAGUAAGGUCGAGGAAGUGGCCAAAGUGAAUGAUGUUGUUAUCGAGGUGACCGGGGUCAGCGCCUCAGUCAGCCCCGUCGUCAUGGUGACCCAGAGGGCCGGCCGCAUGCCCCGCUCCAAAGAGGAGCAGGGCAGCGGCAUGCUGGGAGAAGGGGUGUUGCCAGCCGAGGAGGAGGUGGUGGCCCCGCCCAGGAUCAGCCCUGACUCAGCAGAGACAGAGCUCCUUCUGCCUAGCAACCCCCGUGGCACGGAGGAGGAAGAGGAUGAAGAGGAGCACACCGACCCACCGUGGCUGAACGCCAGAGACAACGUCUUCGACCUGGACCGGCACUUCCGAGAAGGAGUAGCCAAUCUGGCCACCACCACUGCCCCUCCCCCUGCCGCCGCUAACCCCUCUCGCCCGGACGUCCUCACCGUGGACUUCUUCGACCCCGCCUCUCGCGGCCGCGGCCUGGACCUAGCCCCGCCCUCUCCCUCCUCUUUGGCCCACGAGCUCCAGGGCGGCGACCCCACUUCCUGGGCCAUGCCAGACAACUACGACUACCUCACGCCGUACGAGGAGGGUGCGUCGCCCACCCCUGAUGAGUACUCCUACAGCACCACUACUGAUACCUUGGAUGGGGAUGACUUGAGGCUAACUGCCGAGCCUCCAUCCCGCUCCAGGCCCAGGGCACCCCCAGGUUCCGGCUCCUUCACCCCAGACAAGAGGCUGCCCAGUGGGGGUGCUGCUGCUGCACCAGAGGGCCCUGCGGCAGCCCCUCCAGCGUUACCCGUGGAUGGCUCAGACGGAGCCGGUGGCUGCCGCCAGGGCUACGUGAAGCAGAAUGAAACCUGCCGCUCCCCCUGCGACACACUGCCCAACUACUGCUUCAACGGAGGCCAGUGCUACCUACUGGAUGGAAUGGGGGUCUUCUGCAGGUGUAACGUCCAGGACUACAUCUGGCACAAGGGUUCCCGCUGUGAGUCGGUGGUGACAGAGUUCCAGGUGCUGUGUCUGACCAUCGGGGCGUCGGCCCUCAUGGUGCUGCUGCUCUUCAUGAUCACCGUCUGCUUCGCCAAGAAGCUCCACGUGCUCAAGACCGAGAACAGCAAGCUGCGCAAACGCAGCAGUAAGUACCGGCCUCCAUCGGAGCAGCACAAUGAUAAUUUCUCCCUGUCCACCAUCGCUGAGGGCUCCCACCCAAAUGUAAGGAAACUGUGCGACACCCCUCCUAACGUCCCUCAUGCCCGUGCUUUGGCUUACUAUGAUAACAUUAUCUGUCAGGAUGAUCCUAAUGCCCAGAACAAGCUGGAGGACCCCGUGAAGGCCCCGGUGCCCAAGGAGGACGACUCCCUGAACAUCCACAACUCCCUGACCCCCAAACACGAGAACCACAAGGUACUGGGCGAGGAGAACUCCUCUGAGGUAAACUCACUGCAGAACAACAUGAUGUAGAAGCCUGGGUUGGGAUGAGAGCUCCAGUCCUGCUCUCUAUCCCAGCCACCACGCCUACAACUGCUACCACCAGCCAACCACCGUCUACAACACGGCAACACUGCCACCAAGCGGGCAACGCCGCUGGAAAAAAAAACGCACCACCCCAGCUGAAACUCCUCCCCGACCUGCCACCGCCUAUAGCGACCCCUUACGCCCAAUCACGCUCCCCCGCCUCGCUGCCCUGCCCCUUCGUUGCUGUCACUCUGCUCCCCCUUACCCCCUGCCCGCACGCACACACACCAGAAAACACAAACAGACACACCAAAACACACAAACACACAUAUGUACAAACACACACUCACAUAUACACUCAUAUUCCCCUGCCUGCAUUGGUGUAUUUUGUAAAAAGAAAAAAAUCAUAUGGAGUUUAAAAAAAGAAGUUAAACAUUGUAAAAAAUAUAAAAGUUACUGAGAGGUUUUGAUGUUUGUCUGACUAAUUAAGUGAGUGUGUAUAAAUAUAUGGAAAAAAUGCUUGGAUUGAUAUAAAAGAAACAACACAAUGUGUCUUCGUUUUCAUUGAUGUGAUUUCUAAUCCUUUGAUGUACUUGUUUUAUUUUGUACUUUUUUGGGAAUACAGACUUCAAAACAGAGAACAAAAUCUAACAAUUGUUGAAAUAAACCUUUUUAACAUGA